ACAUGAGGCUGAUGGAGAGUCAGACUAUCUGCAGCUUAGCAACAGGAUAUGGAGGCUACAUCGUCACGGUAACGCUCCGUGCUAGGACCACCCAAAGUGUGCCCUUUGUCAUCAUCCCCAUGGAGAUUGGGACACACUCUGUUGGCGUGGUAGCGGUGGAUAUGCAUAGACGAAGUGAUGGUGUACGGAAGCACAUUGUUGUCCUGCCAGCAGGCAUCCAGAGAAAGACAACUGUGAAGUUGGACAUCAACCCCUCCAUCUCUGGGGCUUAUCUGACCACUGUUAUUGGUCCGUGGCUAGUUGACGUGAUUGACCCAAUUCCCAAUAUGCCAAUUCAACACAUCAUCACAGCACAAGCCCAGCCCCUGCAGUCCCGUACGGAGGUGGGGAUGAUCCAAAGUAGUGAGUCUCUAACCCCCCUGCUGACCAUGCGAUGGGGAGGAGGAAGAAGAGUCGGCAGAGGAGGAGGAGGAGGAGGAGGAGAGCAGGACCUGGUCGCCAUGACAACUCCUUUGGUUGCCACCUACUAUCUGGACCACACCCACCAGCUGAAUGACAUGAGGACACAGGCCGUACGCUCCAUCAGCCUGGGUUACGAGAGACUGCUGGCGUGCCGAAAACAGGACGGAUCCUACAGUGUUACCAAGACUACAAGAAGCAGUACAUGGCUGACAGCGUAUGCAGCUAAGCUCCUCUCCAUGGCCAGUGGCAUCAUCAGUGUUGAUGGAGCCGCCAUAUGCAGCGCCCUCUUGUGGCUGGCUUUAAACACGCAGGACUCAGACGGGGGCUUCCGCGAGCACUCUCCUGUCCCAUACACUGCCUCCAUCACAGGGAAUGUGUACGGUAGAGACAAGGAUGCCUCCAUGACCGCUUUUGUUCUGAUCGCCAUGCAGGAGGCUCCCUCAGGAUUAUGCACUGACAAGAAAAUUUCCAGUAGUGUUUCCAGAGCAGCACACUACCUGGGCCUGAGGAUCCACACUCUGACCAAUCCCUACGCUGUUGCCAUGGCGACUUGUGCCCUGGCCAAUGAGGGUCCCUGGAAUGACGACAUCCUCUUUAGCCAUUCCAGCAAAGGUCGGUGA